AUGGUUUUAGCAGAUUUGGGCAAGCGCAUCAACAGCGCUGUCAACAGCGCUCUUUCCAACAGUCAAGAUGAUUAUGUUACAACGGUGGAUGUGAUGCUGAAAACCAUCGUCACAGCGCUCUUGGAGAGCGAUGUCAACAUCAAACUGGUGUUCUCCCUUAGAAAUAACAUCCGAGCCAAGCUUCUAGACGUCAAGAGCCGAUCCACCAACAACGCACAGACAAAGAAGCUCAUACAAAAAACGGUUUUUGACGAGCUUUGCAACCUGGUGGACGGAGAAACCGAGCCAUUCCAGCCCAAAAAGAGAAAGCAGAAUGUGAUAAUGUUCGUGGGUCUUCAGGGUUCCGGUAAAACUACGUCAUGUACCAAAUUGGCCGUAUAUUACUCUAAGAGAGGCUUUAAAGUGGGUCUCGUGUGCGCCGACACGUUCCGUGCCGGUGCGUUCGACCAGCUAAAGCAAAAUGCCAUCAAGGCAAGAAUUCCGUUCUACGGUUCAUACACAGAGACGAAUCCCGUCAAAGUCGCUGCGGAAGGUGUGGCCAAGUUCAAGAAGGAGAAGUUUGAAGUUAUCAUCGUGGAUACCUCAGGUAGGCAUCGCCAGGAGGAGGAGCUUUUCCAAGAAAUGGUAGAGAUUUCGCAGGUGGUCAAACCCAACCAAACAAUCAUGGUGCUUGAUGCAUCGAUUGGGCAAGCUGCAGAACAGCAAUCGAAAGCCUUCAAGGACAGCUCGGAUUUCGGAGCUAUCAUCUUGACAAAAAUGGACGGCCAUGCUAAGGGUGGUGGUGCCAUAUCUGCGGUUGCGGCAACGAAGACGCCCAUCAUCUUCAUUGGUACCGGUGAGCAUGUUCAUGACUUUGAGAAGUUUUCACCAAAAUCCUUCAUUUCCAAGCUGCUAGGCAUAGGCGACAUUGAGAGUUUAUUGGAACAUUUCCAAACCCUCUCAAACAAGGAAGAUACAAAGGCGACCAUGGAGAACAUUCAACAAGGGAAAUUCACCCUGCUUGACUUCCAAAAACAGAUGCAAACCAUCAUGAAAAUGGGUCCACUGUCUAAUAUUGCCAGCAUGAUCCCUGGAAUGGGCAACAUGCUCAACCAAGUUAGCGAGGAAGAGACCACAAAGCGGAUGAAAAAAAUGGUUUUUGUGAUGGAUUCUAUGACGAAACAAGAGCUCGAAUCAGAUGGUCGCAUCUUUAUUGACCAGCCAAGCAGAAUUGUUCGGGUAGCAAGAGGCUCGGGUACAAGUGCCUUCGAUGUUGAAAUGAUUCUGAUGCAGCAGCAGAUGAUGGCGCGCAUGGCGCAGUCCACGAAGGCUGCGCAGCGCGGAAACGGCAUGCCAAAUAUGCCACAGAUGCCUGGUAUGCCCAACAUUCCAGGUAUGCCUCAAAUCUCCCCCUCUAUGAUGCAGCAAGCUCAACAGAAGCUGAGGCAAAACCCUGGGAUGAUGAAGAACAUGAUGAAUAUGCUCGGCGGCGCUGGCGGCCCAGGUGGAAGCGGAGGCGGUUUCCCAGGAAUGGGUGGCGGUAUGCCGAAUAUGGACGACAUGAUGAAAAUGAUGCAAGAUCCACAGAUGCAACAGAUGGCCAAUCAAUUCGGCAUGGGCAUGUAG